AUGAACAUAGAUUUCAAUGAAGACCUCGACUUCGACGCGCACCUACAGGUGGUACUUCAAACCCAGCGGAUGCCAUUUUCAAACGGAUUCAAUCAAAGAAUGACUGUUAUAAACUCAACAAACCUUCUUUUCAGUUUCUUAAGAAGAAGGGAGGACAAAGAACCUCCAGUUCACGGUGGAUCCAGACCAGGCCGCAUGCCCAACUUGCCACGAGACUUUGAGGCAGGCUACGACCGACUGUUCCGCGACUACUUUGCUGAAAAUCCUGUCUAUCCGGAUCACAUUUUUCGAAGGCAAUUCUGGAUGCGAUGGUCGCUUUUCCUGUGCAUUACUGAAGAUGUACAAGAACACAAUGACUACUUUUUGCAGAAGGCCGACACCUUGGGGAAACCAGGAUUACGACCACUACAAAGAAUUGCAUCUGCCGUGUGA